AUUAAUAUGAACUCUGCUUGAGCCGUGUUUAAUCGUUUCAAAUCACAGCAGUUCUAGAGAAUCGGCGCCGGAGAUGGCGACACCGGGAAUGGGAAUGUUAGACGGCGGAGUACCGACGGCGCAACCACCAGGAACAGACAUGACCGGAAUAUGCUUCAGAGAUCAAUUAUGGCUAAACACAUAUCCACUCGAUCGUAACCUCGUCUUCGAUUACUUCGCUUUAUCACCUUUCUACGAUUGGACUUCUAACAACGAACAACUCCGAAUGCGUUCUCAUCAUCCACUUGAUUCCUCUCAACUCACGAAAAUGAUUGGUAUAGAAUAUGUGUUGAGUGAAGUUAUGGAACCUCAUCUUUUUAUUAUGAAGAAGCAGAAGAGGGAUAGUCCUGAUAAAGUUACUCCAAUGCUUGCUUAUUAUAUUUUGGAUGGUUCUAUUUAUCAAGCUCCUCAAUUAUCCAAUGUUUUUGCUGCUAGAAUUGGAAGGGCACUAUAUUAUAUUGAAAAAGCAUUUACUACGGCCGCAUCUAAGUUGGAGAAGAUAGGAUAUGUCGAUUCUGAAAAUGAGACUACAAUUCCGGAACCAAAGGUGGCUAAGGAGACAAUUGACUUAAAAGAAAUUAAGCGAGUGGAUCAUAUUCUUGCUUCCUUGCAACGCAAGCUUCCACCUGCUCCGCCUCCGCCACCAUUUCCAGAAGGGUAUGUUCCACCUUCAACAGCAGAAACUGAGAAAGGCCCUGAAACUCAGGAAGCAGCUGAGUCACUAGCACCUACCGUUGAUCCCAUACUUGAUCAAGGACCUGCAAAAAGAAUGAAAUUUUGAUAGUUACAGGAAAAGUUGAUUAAUGUUUAUUCCUUUCGGGAAGGCCUACCCAAAAGAUGGUUAACUUUAUGUUAUUAUUUGGUCUAUAAUAUGUUGUUCUGUUACUAUCUUCACCAUGAAUGUAAAUAUUCUCUAUUAGGCUCACUGUGAGAUGGUAUCAAACUUUGACAUUUCAUUCUAGUCAUUACAUGGAAUGAUAGUGCAAGCAAAAACAAUCUUAAUUAUCAUUCGAAAUUUUCUGUCCACUGAACUUCGCUACGUGGACUUGCUUUCA